AUGCCCGACUUUUCGGAGGCGAGCCCCACGCCACGGAUGCCAGCCGAGGAGGCGGAGAAGGAGGCGGGGCGCGCCAAGGAGAGCAAGAAGGGGAAGAAGAAGAAGAAGAAGGGGAAGGGUGGCGGGGGUGGCGCUGGGCCGUCGCAGGGGCUGUCCGAGGAUGAGGCAGCGCUGGCGGCGGCGGAGGAGGCAGAGGCGGCGGCGCUCGAGGAGAGCGCGAGGCUGGAUGUCGGGGCGACGCGUGCGGCGGGGGGACAGGCGCGAGUCGCCGAGCGGCAGGGCGAUUCGUCACCGGCGGAGGAGGCGCCGCCUGAGGGAGAGGAGGAGCCGCCGGACGAUUUCAUCUGCCCAAUCACGACCGAGGUGAUGAGCGACCCGGUGAUGGCGGCCGAUGGGCAGUCGUACGAGCGGACGGCGAUCGAGCGCUGGCUCGCGACCAAGUCAACGAGCCCUCUGACGGGCGGCGCGCUCGAGCACCCAUACCUCACCCCCAACCACAUGCUGCGCCGGAUGAUCCGGGACUGGGAGGGGGCGCGGAAGGCAGCGCGAGCAGCCCGCGGCUCGAGCCGCGGCACGCAAGGCCAAGAAGGCCCGGCGCAGAAGGCGCGCCGGGCGACGGAGGCUGGCGAGCGCGCCGCGAGGGAGGCCGAGCGCGCGGAGGCCCCGCGCGCGCAGCUGCGCGAGAACAUCCAGUACGUGAUGGCCGGGCUGCGGUCUGCAGCUGCGCAGGCGCGCAGCCAGGCCGGGUCCAAAAUAGGGGUCGAAUACUCGCUGCCCCCGGAGAGGGACGACGGGUAUCGACGCGGCCCCAGCAAGGUGUACGCCACAGUUCCCCAGGGGACCGUGGCGACGACCGUCGCCUCGGACUGGCUCGCGAACGAGCUGGCCGAGCACGGAGAGAUCGAUGCGGCAUACCGCGACCGCAUACGUAGUAAGUAUACGAUCCGCGUGAACGUACGCGAGGAGCUCGGCACCAUCACUGCCGAUGAAAAGCUGCCGGAGCCGUUCAACUUGCCGCUGUGGCGGCCAGAGACGCCGGCUAGCUUCGGCAGUGGCGACGAGCCCGACCCGCUCAACGAUGGGCGUGUGGACGCUUCCCUCCCCACGGCGCACCUGUCGCCAGCCCGGGCGGCGCUGGUGCACCGGCUGUUGAGGUUGCACCAGCCACUCUACGCCGCGCGAUAUGACCUCGGCGCGCUGUGCGCUUCUCGCCGCAAUUCGGACCCUUUUGAGCCCGCAACGCCCUACACGGCGAGCCCAUACCAGUUCUUUCGAAAGUGGGAGCGGCGGCAGCAGUUAGAGGCGUCCGGACGCGACAGCAUGGGUGACCCUCUGAACGGACUUGCGGUGCGUCAGAGCUCCCGCCACCUCUACACAGCGUCGCACUAA